AAUGAAUAAUUUAGAAGUUUAAUUAGAAGGAGGAUGUAAAGAAUGAAUAGGAUAGACCAAGUAUGGAUGAAAUUAUGAGGAAUUAAUUGUUUGGUGAGAAUUUCGAUUGGAAAACUCAAUAAGGUAAAAUAGUUGUUUCGAAUAAGAUUUUUAGAAAAUAUUAAAUGAUUUAAGCGAAAUUGAUAGAUAUACUUAUUAUAUAGGAUUAGAAUUAAAUAAUGGUAGAGUAAGGAUAGUUUCAAAUAUGAAACCAAUAAGGUUUUGGGGGAAUAAGAAAAAUUAAUAAAAGAUAAUAAUUUCUAAAAAAGAUUUAAUUAUAUGAAAUAGAUUUUGGAAUAGAAGAGAUUAAAUAUGGG